GAAACAUCGCGAUAGCUUAGAUAUGUGACAGUUCAGUGACACAAGUUUCCAUCCCUGACGAUAAGCAAAUUCAUAAGUGGGUAAAGUUGCAGUGAAGUAGAAAAUGGCCUCAUAUUUUGAUGAGCAUAACUGUGAGCCCACGAAUCCAGAAGAACAGUACCGACAGAACGCCCUGCUGGAGCUCGCGAGGUCUCUGAUGCAGGGUCUUGACAUAGACUCAGGUUCAUUUGAUUUGUCGGAUUGGGACCAGCGUCUCCCCCCUCCUGCAGCCAAAGCUUUGGUUCAGAGUCUCCCCAUGGUCAUCAUCUCCCCUGAACAAGCAGGAAGUCUGAUUGAAUUAGGAGGUCUUAAAUCCUUGGUGUCCAUGACCGUCAUUCUUCUUGAGCUUUCCUCAUGCUCUUUUAAUUUAACAGAUAAAGCACUGAAGUGUCCGGUGUGUUUAUUGGAGUUCGAGGAGCAGGAGACUGUGAGAGAGAUGCCUUGCAAACAUCUGUUCCAUGCAGGAUGCAUCCUGCCAUGGCUCAGUAAGACCAAUUCAUGUCCCUUGUGCCGACUUGAACUAGCCACAGACAAUCCAGACUAUGAGGAGUUCAAAAAAGACAAGGACCGGAGAAGACAAAGAGAACACAGACUAGAGGAUCUACAUGGAGCAAUGUACACAUGACCUCACGACCUUCAAGAAUUGAAUAUGAAUUCAACUUUCAGUUUGUUGAAAGUGAGUUUACUGUGCAGGGACCAGGCUUAGAAAUGAUUGCAUUUGUGUGUACUUGGGGGAAAAAAAAGAAAACCAUAACAAAACAGCAAAGUGUCAAUUCUCACUAGAUCACUUUUAAGACUGUUUAGUAUGUUUAUGCACUGAGAACUGUUUGUAUGGAACCUUAUACAGACGUUUCUGAUUUUAUUAAAUGUUUUACUGUGAAAUUGAAUUUGUCUCUCUAACAUAGUGUGUAUUAUUAUUUCAGGUGUGUUGCCUUUGAAUGAUCACAGACACAAGUACAGAUAAACCUGUUUAUUAUCCAUUGGAUGUUUUGGUAAUUCAAUAUAAAUCUCUGUCGAAGAAAACCGUUGAAAUUAUACAUAAAUCUUACUUAUUUACAUAAGUAAUUCAUAAAAUAAAGAUAAUCUCUGCAUUAUUUUUCUUUCGA